AUGUACUUCCUCUUGUCAUUGAUUUCCGCUGUUACAGUAUUUUUGAACCUACUGGUAAUCAUCUCCAUCUCUCACUUUAAGCAGCUCCACACUCCAACCAACCUGCUCAUCCUCUCUCUGGCUGUGUCAGAUCUCCUGGUGGGACUCAUUGUGAUACCAGCAAUGACUGUAGCAAUACUGGAGUCAUGCUGGGUAUUUGGGGAAUAUUUCUGUCCGUUGCUUCUCUACAUCAAUUUUUUAUGUACGUCUUUAUCUCUUGGAAAUUUAGUCUUAAUAUCUAUUGACCGUUAUGUUGCUGUGUGUGACCCCUUAAUGUAUCACUCAAAAAUAACAAUUACAAGGAUUAAGUGUUGUAUAACCAUUACCUGGUUGUGUUGUAUCAUAUAUGAUGCUGUUCUUACAAAAAUCAUGGUAAAUGUACAGGUACCCAGUAGGUGUUUUGAAGAAUGUUAUUUUUCUGGAGGAUUUACUGAUGGUAUAAUAAUGGACCUUGUUAUUUCCUUGGUUGUCCCAUGCUCUAUUAUUAUAACACUUUAUAUGAAAAUAUUUGUGGUGGCCAGAUCGCAGGCCAGAAAGGUAUAUUCACAAGAGGUUUCUACUAUGUCUGGUGUCAAAACUGCACAAGCAAAUAAGUCUGAAAGAAAAGCUGCAAAAACUCUAGGCAUUGUUGUUUUUAACUAUAUAAUUUGUUGGAUUCCAAUUUAUUUUUUCAAUUUAAUUUAUGUUGCAAGUGGCGAUUCAUCAUCUGCUUUCAUAUGUUUUCUGUUGCUUAUUAAUUCCUUUUUUAAUCCAAUUAUUUAUGCUUUGUUUUAUCCAUGGUUCAAAGUGACAGCUAAACAUAUUUUAACUCUUAAGGUGUUGCAUUUAUAA